AAAUUUUUGUAUUUCGAAGGACAAAAAAUAUGAAAUACUUUUUGGAAAGUAAAACAUACAAUUAAUAUUAAAUUGUCAUGGCUACGUCAGGGCGCAAAGCUAAACCAGAUUCUUUGCGUUAUUUUUUUCAAGUUUUGCAUUACCCUGGUGAAACUGCCGCUGCUACUGACGGAAAAGAGGAAUCAGUCACCGUGGAUCAGCUUGUAGAUAUUCUGGUUAAAGAGGGCAAAUAUUCCAACGUUUUUGCUAAAGAUACUGUACUAAGUGCUAUACAUGAUGGCUUAUUAAGGUCUGUAGGUGGUAGUGCAUCUAAAUUACUUAAGACAUCGAGUGUGGACACAAAAAAACGUUUUCGUUUGCCUUUGCUACAGGAAAUAGAUAUUUCUCCUCAUGAACUUUAUUGUUAUGAAUGUCAGUUGCCCGGCAUAUUAGAACAUUGCAGUCAAUGUACCCGAUCAUUUCACCGUUCAUGCUAUCGCAAAAAUCCUGAGCGACCUAAUUAUACGGUGCCAUCUUGCAAAAUACAAAAGAAUAGCUUGCCGGCUUUUAGUUCGGAAGGUGACACAGAUUCAGGUGAAGAUGCGGCACGUUGCUCAACGGCGUUGGAUUAUGAAAGUGAUGUCAGAGCUUCUUCAUCAGUAAUGCAUUUGGAUCAAAAUUCUGCAAACAGUUGGACAUCACAAAAAAAUACUACUUCCACUAAAGAGAGAGACGACGCUAAUUCGUCUACAUUGGAGAACGAUAAUAUAAACCAUAUUAAUUCAUUUAAGACAGUCGAAGGUAAACCUUUGGUGUAUGAUACGGAUACGGAAAAUAAAAGCAAUGUUGACGUUGUGUGUUUGGGUGAGAUAAGGCCGCCUAAUCGAAAACGUCGCACUACUGCGGCUUGCAGCAUUUCCUACAAAAAUGAAAUAUCGCUCAACGAAGAUGAAGAUGAAAUGGUCAGCGAACUAUGCACUUGUUGCAGACUGCUGAAAAGAGCCGAUUUACGAAAUCCCCCUAAUUUGCAAGCAGAUGAGCUAUGUGCUUUAAUUAAUUAUACUUUCCAGCGUAACAAAGAAUGGAUAUCUUAUGAUUUAGUGACGUACUUGGAACAACAAAAACUGUCCGCGAGAGAAUUUAAUAUCAUUAUGAAUUUGCUAUUCAAAUCGCCGAUUAAGCGCUUAAAAGACGUACUGGAAAGCAUACAAAUGCGCCAGUAUAGUUUAUUAAUGGAAUUUUUUGUCGAUUUGCUGGAUAUUCAAUACCAGAUAGGAGUUUAUUUUGGACCCCACAGUACCGAGAUGGAAUCCACUAAAUGGUUUUUGCGCGAUAUUGCUCAUGAUAUAUCUGAGAUUAGGCGUUGUCCAGAUUGUUUUCGUUAUUCACAUGAAAAAUCCACGCCGGCAUGGUUUGCCAAACCGUGCGUACAACGUCAUGAAUUAGUUUUUGCCAAACACAGUGGCUUCCCAUAUUGGCCGGCUAAAGUAAUACGUGUCUUAAACAAUGGUAAAUACGAUGUAAGGUUUUUUGGCGGCAAACAUUCAAGAGCUUUGAUAGAUGUACGCCAUAUAAAAGCCAUUGAUACUGAUGUUAAGUCUUUGAAGUUGGGCAAUAGACCGAGCAUUAAAAAGGCUAUGGAAGAAUUACACUGUCAUCAAAUGCUUUCAAAAUAUCCAGCCAGUAAAUUUGCUUUCCAUGCUAAUGCGCAAGAAACUGAAGAAAUUAUUCGCAAAGUACUGGAUACCUUGAUAACAUCAGGACUGCUCAGAAAAAAGCCCAGGAGAGUUAAACGCAAACAUUCAUCAGUUGGCAAUAACAGCAUUUCGCCUUCAGGAGAAGUUACGCAAUAUCUAGCGGUAUCCAACAACAACAUUAGCGACAAUUCACCGAUUAUAUUCCCUGAAGUGACAGUACAAGUAAAGCGUUUAAAGAUGCAAGACAUACAAAACACUUUUGCUGCCGACGGAAACGAAACGCCACGUCAUACAACACGUAGAAGCAAACAGUUAUCUUUGGGUGGAGAGACAUUCGGCACGAAAACCGCUGCGGUUGAAGAAUUGAGUAAAACCCGCCAAAUGUGUAAUGAUUUUAAAUUGAAAGUCGAGCGGUUGGAAGUCCAGAAACGAAAAAUGAGAGAAACCAUCCGCAAAUUUGGCAUCCAGUUAAAAGUUAUAAAACGGAAACAAUGGUGCUAUUGGUGUCUUGAAGAGGCCAAUUAUUCAUGUUGCUUUGAGGCGGCUUAUUGUUCGCAAGUAUGCCAACUGCGUCACUGGGAUUUUGGUCAUAGCAAAGUUUGCAAAAGUCCAACCAAACCAGCGGAUAAUACUGCGGAUUGAAAAAAAAAAUUAAAGAUUUUUGUUUUUUUUUAUAAAGUAAAAAAAAAAACCCUUAUUAAACGUACGUAUGUAAUACAAGCGAUAUUUUAUAUGUGUCUCCAAUGGUAUAUGUUUUUAUUACCACUAUAAUUUCCAGUUUCCUUUAUAUUGUUAUCAUUAAUAAAUACAUCUUUUAUUGUCAUUUCAUAAACAUUCUGAAUU